AUGGAGAGAAAAAAUGCUGACACGUCUAGUGAGAAAUAUGAAGAAGAGGAAAAAGUGAAUGCGAUGAGUUUUGAAGCUGCAGAAGCAUACCCAUCAUUAAUGGUGCAACGAGUGCAAGGAGAUCGAAUGGAGGAUAAGGGGCACCGAUGGAAUAUUUUCCUGUCUGAGUGUAAGAUCAACAACACCAAUUGCAAGCUGAUAAUAGAUGGUGGAAGCUACACUAAUGCAGUCAGCAAAGGGUUGGUUGAUGCUUUGGGGUUGCCUGCAUUGAAGCACCCGCAACCCCACCAUGCCGAGUGGUUGUAUCAUACAGGGAAGUUGAAGGUUACUCAUAGGGUGCGUGUCAAAUUCUCUAUUGGUGGUUAUACUGAUAAGGUGCCACCAGCUAGUUCAAAGAAAGAUAUGGUGAUGCCAAACUUCAGAACACCUCCAAGAUGUUGCUGCCACGUAGGACAACCACCACUGUUCGGGGUAAUGGCAUCUCGGUCCAAACUCAUCCCCACUUCUCCUCCCCCACUUCCCCGAGCAGUUGCUGUCCACCACGGCAAAACUGCCGCCACGCGCUCCCUUUUCCCCCUUCCCAUUCCAUUUGUUCCCAUCCCCAUCCGCAUUCCACCCCUCUCCCCCCUUUACUGGGUGGUUUCCAGUCCACCCACACCCCUUCAUUGUCUCCUUGAGUUGCUAGUGAGGGAUUCAGAGCGGACAGAUCUCAGCCGACUGCCGUUGUUGUCGGGGGCGCCCGCGAACUUUGCCGGCGAGUCGACUACUUCGUUGGUGGAAGUUCUCCAGUCGACCAGUGGGGGUUGUCUGCGAGGCGGCGACGAAAUUCCAUCAGGGAUUAUUGUAGAAGUGCUUACUUGCCGGAGUUCUUCAUCGGCGGAUUUCCUCUCCGGCGACUGCGGAAGCUUCUUCUCUUCGGCGAGCACCAUGGUUCGGAACGUCCCUGACUCCGAUGAUGAUGACUUCAUGCCGCCCGGAGCUGAAGUUGCGGGUGGUGCUAAUCGCAAUGCAAAGAAGCAGAAAAACCCGCGCAACGGAGGAGCACAUGAACGUAUGAUAGAACUGUAUGCCGAUUUUGAUAAGCCCAGAAAGAAGCUGCAAAGGAAAUGGGGAUGCAGGGCAUGGUGGGAUUCCAUUAGACGAGGACCUUGUUUUCAGCACACUUGGUGUCCCCAAUGGCAGCAUGGAUGUCCCAUACAAGGUUGAUACGAGAGUGCAAGCAUGUCUUUUCCCUGAAAUGUUCCCUAGUCUUACGUCCCUACCGGUGAACUCCGCUUUUGUGAAUAUGCUUGUUACCAUCCAAACAAGCGACGAUGACUUCAAGAGGAAAUUGCUCAUGUACUUGAUCUCAAAUGUCUUUGCCCCAAUGACAUUGUUACGCCCCAGCAGCAGAUGCUUUCCUGUUCUGGACCAGAUAGGCAACGUUACCAACAUGAACUGGUGCAAGUUCAUAGUUGGUUUCCUUCAUACUUCACUAUCUAAUAAAAUGUACAACCAAGGCUGUCGGUUGCAUCUAAUGGCAAGUUUUUUUAUGUCAAACCCUUUGCUUUUUCCAUUCUAGGUCGUCCUCCCUCCCCCAGUGUUUUCUUACUCCUUUUUCGCAUUAGAAGCUAAUUUUGCGUGAGCACCUUGACCUACAUGUUUGCAUUUCUUUCAGCUCCUGUAUGUCGAUAAACUUGACAUCAACACUGUCAACCUUAAACCGGUUGGCGGACUGCCUCCAUCACACAAGUUUGUUACGUGUCCUUUGUCUGAUGCCACAAUCAAGGCUAUUCUCGUUGCGGACAGGAAGCCCGAUGGGACGUUUGGCAAGCUACAGACUAGUACUUUUACCUUCACUUUUCCAUCUCCACAGUCACAUACAAAAUAUGUGGCAACUUCUUCUUUCAUUGCUAGCAAUUGCUAGUUUCCUUUUUUCCACUUUUCAUACACUGCAACUUGGCCACUUUUUUCAUUGUAUAUUUUUUUACUUACAUGUCCCCUAAUCAUGACUGGCAACACAUACUGUAUUAGCAAUGGCAACUUCAUUGUUUCAA